AUGCCAGAGAGGAACUCCUCCGUAUACAGGCAAUUUGUCACCCCGCGAAGGUCACCCAGGUUCCUCCCCCAACAAAACAACACCACUCCCAACCCCAAAUCUGCCAAACACACCGUUUCCAAAAAGGAAUCCAAUGAGUUUACGGUGGGGCCGAGAAGGUCUUCGCGGCUGAACAAUGGGGACGUUGGGUUUUCAUCUCUUAGACGAUCUCCCAGGUUCAACAACGAGUCAAGCGUUAAGAAAGUGAAGAACGCGAGUGUGAAGGGUGGUGACGCUGAAACGAAGGAAAAUUGUGUCGUUUCAGAUGAGGGGUUCGGUGGAGGAAGAAAGAAAGAGAGAAAGGAGAAGAGGGCUGAAGUUAAAAAGCAAAAAAAUCAUGUCGUUUCAGAUGAAGGGAUUGGUGGGGGUGCAAAGAAGGGGGUGAUGGGAAGAAGGUUGAAGUUGAAAUUACCAGAAAUGGUGUCGUUUCGAAUGGGGGUGCUGGUGGAGGAAGACAUAAGGGUGGAAAUGGAGAGAUCGUUGAAGUUAAAACAAAAGAAAAUCGUGUUGUUUGUGAUAAGGGUUUUGAUGGAGAAAGAAAGAAGAUUGAAGAUGGAGACAAGAAAAAGCGCAAAGGCGAUGAAGUUAGGGAAGGGUGGACGAAGGAACAAGAUUUAG